AACAAAAACGACGACAUACGACAAUCAACGCCAGGUCGCAGGGCCAUUUGCGACUUUACUCCGGGGGAUUGAAGCUGUGGUCGACAAGUCCAUGUAGCCUCGAUUGGACCUUUUCAGCGUCAUGAUGGCUUCUCCCAAUUCCCUUUCGUCCGCCUACUCCAGCGGCCUGCAUCGCCAACCAUCAUCCCGGCAAUUGUCCCGCCACACGAGCUCACGUUCCAGCUCUCGACGUACCUCCGCAAUUCAGCAUUCGACCUCUCGCCAGAAUGGCUUAUCCGCUGUCUCCAGACAGUAUUCCCCCGGGGACAGCUCCGACGAUGAAGUCCCCGAACCCAAAUUUAGUGCCUCCGUGAAGGCGCUGCUCGAUGAAGAUGGACUGGGAACCUCGCCUGGUCUUCAGCGUGAGCGGAGAGGACAGUCUCAAGAAAGAGACCGUGUGUAUUCCUCUGCAUCCAGCCAAGAGAGGCAAUUUCGCACAGCAUCUCCCCAUGAUCGAUCGUCGGGGAGCCCGGCCCCGCGGGUCGUUCGCAUUGGCUCUAGCCUAGCCACCUCUCGACCCUCGAGGGAGAGCUCUCCUCUCGCAAACGUCGACCAUGUUGAUUCCGACGGAGCAAGAUAUGAUCCAAAGGAUAUGAUCACUCCUGCCCCCAGACCGCGCAGUGUUCGCAUCAGCGGAUCGCGCAGCAACACACGAUCCCCCGCCUCGGUUUCACCCUCUCAGAGACGAUCGGCAGAUCGUCACUCCGAGGAAGAUCAGGGAAGCGCCGAACGCUCUGAUGAUGAGAGAAAGCUACGGUUCGAGGAUGACUAUCUCCCUCGAAUCGGCACCUCAUCGGUGCUGCGCACCCGCAAUGCAGAUGAAUUUGCCCCCCAGAGCUCACUGCGUGUGAAGAGAGUGGGAAGACUCACGGGAACCUUCUUGAAUGGACCUGCCAGAAGAGGUGUACUGCGACGACAGAGCGAGGAAAACGACCAAAACUAUCUUUCGAACGAUGGAGGGGAUUUAAACGACGACAACGACAAUGCCGACUAUCAUUACAAGAAUACAGCGAAAUCUUCGUCGCCCAAAGUUUCAUGGGCAGACCCCAGUCCACCACUGGGCACCGAACGGCACCGAACCUAUGAACCCGGGGAAGGUGCUGCUGCUGACGGGCCUUUUUCGAGGUCUUCUUCACCAAAGUCUUACGGUUCGCACUCCAAGUCAACACCCGGAUCAUCUUCAGAGAUGUCUUCGAAGCCUUCAAGCAGAGAGCAGCCCGUUUUCAAGGUGCCCCCUCUGCCCCCAUUGCCUGCCGUGCGGGAUCAAGAAAACGAACCACCACCGACUUUCAAGCGGGCAAAGCCCCAGGGAUUAAGCUUGCUGGACAAGCCAGAGAAGCUUUCUGUUUCAUACGGUGAAGAAAAGAAGGAAAACAUGGAAACCCCAGCGACAACCUCUCCCAGGAAGAUUCUGGCAACCCGAAGUAGCAACACUCCACAUCGACCAGCUCCUCCUCCUCCCAAGAUGUCGGUUCUUGAAACCGCCACAGCAACUGGAGGAGCUUCCACAGCAUCGCAAUCUCGGAAGAAACGCAGCCAAGUGUCUGUGAACCACAAGCCUUUUACACGGUUGGACUGCAUUGGGCGGGGUGGAAGCUCGCGCGUUUAUCGAGUCAUGGCUGAAAACUACAAGAUAUUCGCCUUGAAGAGGGUGAAUCUUGAGGACGUUGACCCGGUGACUUUGACUGGAUACAAAGGAGAAAUCGAUCUGCUCAAGAAGUUGGAAAACGUUGACCGGGUUGUUCGUCUUUUUGACUUUGAACUGAACUCCGAUAAGCACACUCUCAGCGUCCUCAUGGAAAUGGGAGAGUCGGAUUUGGAGAAAAUCCUCACCUACCGAUUAAACGCCGAAGAUGCCCUUUUGGAUAUCAACUUUACACGAUACUACUGGAAGGAGAUGCUCGAGUGCGUCCAAGCCGUUCACAAAUGCAAUAUCGUUCAUUCCGACCUGAAACCCGCCAACUUCCUCCUGGUCCAGGGCAGACUAAAGCUCAUCGAUUUUGGUAUUGCAAAUGCCAUCCAAGACCAUACCGUCAACGUGCAUCGUGAACAGCAAGUUGGCACACCGAACUACAUGUCUCCCGAAGCAUUGGUCGAUUCCAAUGCAUCCCUUGGUCUACCGUCAAGUGUUGGAAAAGUGAUGAAGCUUGGUAAACCGAGUGAUGUCUGGAGUUUGGGCUGUAUCCUCUAUAAGAUGGUGUAUGGCCAGCCUCCAUUUGCGAAGAUUGCCAAGUACUACGAACGUAUCCUAGCAAUUCCCAACCCAAGGGUUCAAAUCGAUUUCCCAGCCUUUGGAGUUGGUGGAGUCACAGUCCCGCCUGGACUGAUCCGAACACUGAAGCAAUGUUUGCAGCGUGAUCAGACUCUUCGACCAACGGUCGACGAGCUGCUGGGCCAAAGGGAUCCCUUCCUCUACCCCGAUGCCCAACUUGAGGGCGCCGUUCCUGUGACUCAGGAGAUGCUCAGCAGGAUUUUGGUAAAUGUUGUGAACCACUGCCGGGUCCGUGGCGUACCCAAAGAAGAAGAACUGGCCGCCUGGCCCGCCGGAUUUUUUGCAAAGAUCAAAGCGGCUUUGGAAGAAGAAAACGCUUGAUGAAUACCCGACUUGACUAUGAUACCUUUCCUUUGUCUUUUCUCUUUUCUUUCUAUUUUUGCGAUUUCGAUAUCCUGAAUGAUCCGAUGAUCGGCGUUCAAGUCCAGGUCGACUGACUGAUUGAUUUUUCUUUCACUUCUUUUUUUUUUUUUUUUUUUU